CCCUCCCUCUCCCCGAUGCAGGGGGCCGAACUCCGGGAUGGCGAGGCGGCGGCGGCGGCGGCCGCUUCGUACCGAGUCCUGAGCCGCCUGCUCGGCUAUGGAGAGGCGGCCCCCGAGCCAGGCCCUCCGCCGCCGCCCCCGGGCCAUGGCCCCCCGCCGCCAUCCUUCCUCGCGCGGCCCGGUGCGCGGGGCUCCCGGCCGCCGCAGCUGAUGGUGUUCCGCAACGUGGGUCGGCCGCCGGAGGAGGAGGACGCGGAGGCAGCCCCGGAGCCAGGACCCUCGGAACUGCUGUGUCCCCGGCACCGGUGCGCCCUGGACCCCAAGGCCCUGCCCCCGGGGCUGGCGCUCGAGCGGACCUGGGGCCCGGCGGCUGGACUGGAGGCGCAGCUGGCAGCUCUGGGGCUCAGGCAGCCGGUGGGGCCGGGGGUCAAGACGGUUGGCGGUUGCUGCCCGUGCCCGUGCCCCCCGCAGCCGCCCCCUCCGCAGCCCCAGCCGCCUGCUGCCACCCCGCAGGCCGGGGAGGACCCCACGGAAACAAGCGACGCGCUGCUGGUCCUGGAGGGCUUGGAGUCGGAGGCCGAGAGCCUGGAGACCAACAGCUGCUCGGAAGAGGAGCUCAGCAGCCCGGGCCGCGGAGGAGGAGGUGGCCGGCUUCUGCUGCAGCCCCCGGGCCCUGAGUUACAACCACCCCCGGUGCCCUUUCCGCUGCAGGACCUGGUCCCUCCGGGGCGCUGGAGUAGAGGGGAGCAGCAGCAGCCGCCGCCGCCGCCCCCGCCCCCUCCCGGGCCCCUCCGGCCGCUCACAGGCCCUUCUCUGAAGGGCUCCCUCAAAAUCCGCCUCAGUCGCCUCUUUCGCACCAAGAGCUGCCACGGCGGCUCCGGUGGCGGGGCUGGGGCCGGCAAGAGGCCUGCGGGAGAGCUGGCUGCUUCCGCCGCGAGCCUGACCGACGUGGGAGGCUCUGCCGGCCGGGAGCCGGACGCCGGGAGGAAACCCAGGUUGACAAGAACUCAAAGUGCCUUUUCUCCGGUCUCCUUCAGCCCCCUGUUCACAGGUGAAACAGUAUCGCUUGUGGAUGUGGACAUCUCUCAGCGGGGCCUGGCCUCUCCACACCCUCCAACUCCCCCUCCUCCUCCGAGAAGAAGCCUCAGCCUCCUAGAUGAUAUCAGUGGGACGCUGCCUACAUCUGUCCUUGUGGCUCCGAUGGGGUCUUCCCUGCAGUCUUUCCCCCUACCUCCGCCUCCUCCACCCCAUGCCCCAGAUGCAUUUCCGCGGAUUGCUCCUAUCCGAACAGCUGAAUCCCUGCACAGCCAGCCCCCCCAACACCUCCAGUGUCCCCUCUACCGACCCGACGCGAGCAGCUUUGCAGCCAGCCUUCGAGAGUUGGAGAAGUGUGGUUGGUAUUGGGGACCAAUGAAUUGGGAAGAUGCAGAGAUGAAGCUGAAAGGGAAACCAGAUGGUUCUUUCCUGGUACGAGACAGCUCUGAUCCUCGUUAUAUCCUGAGCCUCAGUUUUCGAUCACAGGGUAUCACCCACCACACUAGAAUGGAGCACUACAGAGGAACCUUCAGCCUAUGGUGUCAUCCCAAGUUUGAGGAUCGCUGUCAGUCAGUGGUGGAGUUCAUUAAGAGAGCCAUAAUGCACUCCAAGAAUGGGAAGUUUCUCUAUUUCUUGAGAUCCAGGGUUCCAGGACUGCCACCAACUCCAGUCCAGCUGCUCUAUCCAGUGUCCCGAUUCAGCAAUGUCAAAUCCCUGCAGCACCUUUGCAGAUUCCGAAUCCGACAGCUCGUCCGGAUAGAUCACAUCCCGGAUCUCCCACUGCCUAAACCUCUGAUCUCUUAUAUCCGAAAGUUCUACUACUAUGAUCCUCAGGAAGAGGUAUACCUGUCUCUAAAGGAAGCGCAGCUUAUUUCCAAACAGAAGCAAGAGGUGGAACCGUCCACGUAGCGAGGGGCCCUGCUGGUCACUACUGAGGGCAUUUGGUUGCCAAGCUCCAGUUUUGAAGAACCAAAUGAAGGUACCAUGAAAAGAGGAGUGAGAAAAAAACAAGAGGAAAUAGGAAGGGUUGGGAUCCUCUGUGCAAAGACUUUGGUCCCCCUCGCCACCCUGGGGCCUGGAAGAAGCACACAACCACACUGUCUGAGUGGGGCUCCAACCUUUCCCAUCCCGCCCAUCUGGUGUCUUGGAACUGGAUGAGCUCCUGGAAAACUGGAAGAAGUCUCAACACUGUUCCUUGUUUUGGA